GCCGGGCCGGGCCGCCGGUGAGGGCCGGGGAGGCGGGCGGUGGGGCGGCUUUUAAAUGGCUUUGAGGAGCCGUACCUCGGAGUUGGGGCUGCGCCGGGAGCUGGAGAGCCUCGGCUCGCCGUGGCCGGAGCAGCGGGCUGCGGAUCAGCCGCGCACUUCCCUCCGAUGUGAGCGCAGUGUCCCCUGUGGGAUGCAGUAGGUGAUGCCCAGCUCUACUGCAAUGGCAAUUGGAGCUCUCUCCAGCUCUCUCCUGGUAACCUGCUGCCUCAUGGUUGCCCUCUGUAGCUCCACCAUCCCCCUGCAGAAGCUGGCCAGGGCACAGGACAAGCAGGAGAUCAAGGCCGGCCAGGAGAAGAGGGACCACGCCUCGGCGAGGGACAGCCAGGCCGGCACGGGGAAAGUGGGCGAGAUCGGCCGCAGCGGGAGGGAGGAGGGCAGCAGGGACUGGAAGGGCAAAGGCAGCAGGAACUACUCCAACAAGGAGUCGUGGACCAAGCAGAAGCAGGCUUGGAGCAGCCAGGGGACGGGUGCCAAGCCCGCCAUCGUGCCGGCCCAGGAGCAGCGGGACAUGGCGGCCGAGGAGCCUCGUCCGGCCGAGGCCUCGUCGCUGCCGGCAGCGGUGUCCAGCGCUACCCCGGAGCCUCUGGAGGAGUACGCCUACCCGGACUACCGCGGGAAGGGCUGCGUGGAUGAGAGCGGCUUCGUCUACGCCAUCGGCGAGAAGUUUGCGCCGGGCCCGUCGGCCUGCCCCUGCCUGUGCACGGAGGAGGGCCCGCUGUGCAUGCAGCCAGAGUGCCCCAGGCUCCACCCUCGGUGCGUGCAUGUGGACACCACGCAGUGCUGCCCGCAGUGCAAGGAGAGGAAGAACUACUGCGAGUUUCGGGGGAAGACCUACCAGAGCCUCGAGGAGUUCAUGGUUUCUCCAUGUGAGAAGUGUCGUUGUGAAGCCAAUGGUGAAGUGCUGUGCACUGUGUCAGCUUGUCCCCAGACUGAGUGCGUGGAUCCAGUAUAUGAGCCUGAUCAGUGCUGUCCUAUCUGCAAAAAUGGCCCAAACUGCUUUGCAGAAACCACUGUCAUUCCUGCAGGCCGAGAGGUGAAGACUGACGAAUGCACUAUAUGUCACUGCACUUACGAAGAAGGCACGUGGAGAAUUGAACGACAGGCUAUGUGCACUAGACAUGAAUGCAAACAGAUAUAGGAAAUCUACCAGUCCAAGAACUUUCAUGGUUUUUAUAGACUUAUCUCACAGCAGUGAGCGCCGUGGAUGACCCAGGGAAAUCAGAACGAGAAGAUUCUGGUGAGCAGCAAAUAGACUAUGGAUACUUUGUUUUUCACAGUCACGUAAUUCUGCAAGGCAAAGCAGUGCGUAUAUUUAAAUAAAGUUUGGACAUAAGAAUACUUGUCUUAAUAAAUGUGUUAUUUUCACAGUGAGUACACUAAAAUACACUCUAUGAAAUAUUCUAUGUAUUUCUAUAAUACCGUUAUAGAACUUAAAAAUAAAUGUUUUAUAUAGACAAUACAGAUUAAAGUACUGUAUCAUUGCCUGCUCUGUUGUGUACCAGCACCAUAACUAAACAUUGCAUUUCUGUUCUAGUUUUA